AUGGCGUCGUCAAUAGGGUCGCCUCGUGCCUACCUGUUAAAGGUAUACAAUCGUUGGUAUCAAAUAGAUUAUCUUGGGGACAAUGGAUGCGUCUAUGAUGUUGAUGUCCCACACAAAUCGCUGUGGAUUCAGCGUCCAGAUGCGACUGUGACAGAAUCGGCGGUCCCUCAAACCGACGAGGUUCCACUCUCUGAGCAUCAUGCCGAUGCUAUUUUGGGGAUCGUGAACAUCAACAGAUCGCUCUACUUGAAUGUCGUUACACGUUCAGAACUCGUGGCAAAUGCCUCCUUUAAUGAGGCAACGGCUGUCGACUGCUCUACAUCUCCGAUCUUCAGCGUGAAGAUGGUACGGCUGUUCCCGCUCGACAAUUUUCUGCACCCAACGAAUGGCUCGGACCACCAUUAUGGAGAUGCUGUAUUAUUGGGUGAUGACAGCAUAGAUAGUCACAAAUCGCACUGGGAAACGCCAAAGAGCAGCAUCACAUCGCGCGAACCUCUGCCACAGUCGCCAGAAAACGACCCAAACAUCGUUAUAAUAAAAGACAUUAAUGAGCUUAUGGCAACAGGACAUUACUUUAGUCGUGCCGCUGAUUUGACUCGUUCUUUACAGCGUCAGUGGGAGCAUGGAUUGAUACCACUACGUCCGCGACGAUUUGCUGAGGACACGCCUACUGUGGAGGAAACUCAAUCUUCGCUAUCAAAAGAAACAUCUAAAUCGAGGUCGAAUUCGGAUACUCUAUUCGAUAUGGCUGAACCAAUGUUCAACUGGACCAAAGCUAUGGCCCACGACAUACCGUCGCACUGGUUGACGGUUUUGAUUCAAGGAUAUGUAGGAUACUCAGUGCAAUCUUGGAACAACAAACGUGUUGAGCUGAUGUUAAUCGGAAGGCGCUGUGUACACCGUUAUGGGACUCGUCUGAACGCACGAGGUAUAGAUGCAGAGGGCCACGUGGGAAACUUCGUGGAGAGUGAAAUGCGACUACGCGUUGAUGGCGGGUCUUGGAAAAGUUUCGUGCAGAUACGUGGGUCAGUACCAGUAUUUUGGGGACAAAGAAACAUAUUUUCGUUACCGUACUUCACUCGGCCGAUAAAUGAAAGUGAACAGGCGUUUAUGAAGCACUAUCGUCACCUGCAACAUCUCUACGGCGAACGUGCAGAGAUUUGCAUGUUAUCACUGCUAGACAACAAAGCUAGCGAGGUUUUCCUGAUGGAAGCUAUGGACCACCUCAUUCACACAUUUGACAAUCUGCCAAUCAAGCUGGUCAAGUAUAACUACAAUGUCAAGGUGAAGUGGAGUUCGGUGGUGCCGGAAUUGUUGACAUUUGUGAACAUGACCUUGCUCAGCACUUUGCAAAACAUAGGCUACUUUGAUGGUGAUAUUCUCUCCAAGCCUAAGACGGCGGUACAACGUCAAUCCGGGGCCAAUAGUCGUCCCAGUGGUACACAAUCUGGCGUCCUGCGUGUCAAUUGUCUCGAUUGUCUUGACCGCACCAACGCAAUGCAGUUGAUGGUCGCAUGGGUCUGGUUGGCUAGCGUCUUGGACCCAGCUGGCCUCAGCAACAUGCUGGACCAUGAAGAUGGUGAUCACGAUUUCAGCGGUUCACUGCAUCAGUUCCGUGAUAUGUGGUGCGAUCACGGUGACGCCGUGAGUUUGCUGCACGCAGGUACCGCAUCAAUAUAUACGCAGCAUAUUCGCGAGGGUCGCCAAUCAUACGGUGCCCUGUUUCACUAUACGAAGACGAUUGUCAAUCGGGCAUGCAGUUACGUAUUUUCGGAUGAGGCUCGUCAAACGUCUCUUAACAUAGUGUUGAAUAUGCCAGCUACAGAUAUUCUGGAAACUUCUGUUCAGUCUCCGAAAAUCACUCGUAUGCUAACGGCAGACGGCAACCAUGACCUCCUUGUAUGGUGUGGAACCUGGAAUAUGAACGGUGCAUCACUGUCACACAAAGACGACGUUCGUGAUUGGGUAGCGUCAGGCAUUGACGCUGGAGCGCUCAUGUUCGCGUUCUUUUUGCAGGAAUUUGUAGAGCUUACUGUAAUGAACGUGCUUAGCGGAAGAACCGAAGAGAACAAGGAAAUGUUGUUCAAUGGAAAGGUAUUGAAUGCUAUAAAUGACGCAUACCAAAAACGUGGUAUGAGGUUCGUACACCUUAAGUCAUGUUCCAUGGUCGGUUUGUACAUGACGGUCUUCGUUAGCGAUAAUCUGUACCCUACCGUUCGUGAUAUGGAUCUAACAUCAGUGAAGACCGGUUUCAAUGGCAACGUCGGUAACAAGGGUGCUGUGGGUAUGCGUUUUUCUAUGGCCGGCCACCGCAUCUCAUUGGUAGAUGUGCAUCUGAAUUCGGGUAAGCUCCCACAGGGAGUCAGAAUCGCAGAGUUGAAUUCGGUUAUGAUGAAUUUGUUUCAAGAGCGCUCUACAGGAUCGUUAUUCGACGAUGAUCUGUUUGUUGUGGCAGGGGACUUCAACUUCCAAAUUAUGGCUUCAGAUGAAUACACCACCACAGAAAUUUUCAAACAGAUAUACAACAACAACUUGGAUUCUCUGCUCGAAUUUGAGGAGUUUCUGAGUGAGAUGAAGCAUUCCAAGUCGUACUUACGUCGUAUACGUGAGGCACCUAUUACAUUCGAACCCACAUACAAAUUUAAGAAGGGAACAGAUUUCUACGAUGUAAAACGUACACCGGCGUGGUGCGACCGCGUUCUAUUUGGAGGCAACAGCAUAACUGGCUCCUCAGAACGCAUACGUUGCUUGUCUUACCGUCGUCACGAAAUGAUGAUGUCAAGCGAUCACAAGGCUGUGUCUGCACUUUUUGAAUUGGCUGCGAAAAAGCGUCGAGAUCAAAGCCAGGCAGCUAUAUCAUUGAUUGAUCUUUAA